AUGACGACGACAGACGACGGCGGCAACGACGGCGGCAACAACAACGGCGACAACAACGGCAACAGCAAUGGCAAUAGCAACAACAACAAUAACGGCAAUGGCGACGAGGACGACGACGGCAACAGUAACAGGGACUAUGACGAUGGCAUCGAUGGAGAGAAAACCAGCACUGAUAUCAGCGGCAACGAUCAGGAUGACAGCAUGAUCACAUAG